UCCUUGUGGCUAAGUUCCGUGUGUUUGCGAGCUAAUCGGGUCUGCCGUCUCUGCGCUUCGGCCGUAACCGUGGCGGCUGGUGACGGGGACUGUCAGAGCCGCGUUGUGUUUCUGCUGGGGCCGUGCGUGGAGGCGACGGAUAAAGAGGCGAGCUUACCUAACCUGCUUUGUCUCUUGUUUUGAUGAUGGCGUACUCGGGGCCCACCGGAACCCGGCCGUAGCCAGCCCCACUCCCACCAGCUGUUUUUUCCACACACUUUGUGGGAGAACCAGACCCCCGAGGUCACUUGCCGCUCGGACAUGAGCGCCGUCUGAAGUGACGCUCGACGACUCGCGUUGGCAGGAUCCCCUCAGCCAGCGUAGAUCUCCAUGCCGCUGUAAGGAGGACUCACUCAACCUGCGUACAAGUUCGGCAUCUCUGUGUCACUUCUUUUUUUUUUUUUUUUUUUUUUUUGCCAUGGGGGGAGCUGUGAGCGCCGGGGAGGACAACGAUGACCUCAUCGAUAACCUGAAGGAGGCUCAGUACAUCCGCACAGAGAAGGUGGAGCAGGCCUUCCGGGCCAUAGACCGGGGCGACUACUACCUGGACGGCUACCGGGACAGUGCCUACAAAGACUUGGCGUGGAAGCACGGAAACAUUCACCUGUCUGCUCCGUGUAUAUACUCUGAAGUCAUGGAGGCACUCAAACUCCAGCCAGGAAUUUCUUUCCUUAAUCUGGGCAGCGGAACGGGCUACCUGAGCACAAUGGUUGGCCUCAUUAUAGGGCCUUAUGGUGUGAACCAUGGAGUUGAGCUCCACAAGGAUGUGGUUGAGUAUGCCAGACAGAAACUUGAUGAAUUCAUUAAGAAUAGUGACAGUUUUGAUAAGUUUGAAUUCUGUGAACCUGUCUUUGUCGUGGGGAAUUGCCUCGAAAUCUCAACAGACAGCCACCAAUACGAUCGCAUUUAUUGCGGCGCAGGAGUGCAGAAAGACCAUGAAAAUUACAUGAAAGUGCUGCUCAAAAUUGGAGGCAUACUGGUGAUGCCUAUAGAGGAUCAGCUGACCCAGAUAACCAGAACCGGUCAGAGCACGUGGGAGAGCAAAAACAUCUUGGCCGUGUCCUUUGCCCCCUUGGUGCCGCAGAGCCGCGCAGAAGGAGAGAAGCCUGACACUGUCCAGCUGCCCCCGGUGACCGUCCGCAGCCUCCAGGACCUCUCUCGCGUUUACAUUCGCCGCACUCUCAGAAACCUGGCCGGCCAGGACGGCCAGGGGAAGGGGACGGUGCAGCGGAUUCCCCACAAACGCAAGCGGAGGCGCUGUCGGCGGCGGCGCAUCAGCACCUACGUUUUCGUGGGCAAUCAGCUCAUACCCCAAAUGGUGGAGAGCGAAGAGGAGGAACACGCUGAAGAGGAACAGAAGGAGGCGGCGGUAGGGGAGGAGGAGGAGGAGGAAAGAGACAUUGGCGACAUUGAAAUCAUCAAGCAAGUGAACGAGCUGAGAGAACAAAUACUUGCUCUGCCUCUGCCUGAGUCGCUGAAAGCAUAUUUGCUGUAUUACAGAGAGAAAUGACUGAUCCACUCGAUUUCCAUCUUUAAUGAGUGCUCUGCCUGCUGAAAUUCUGUUUUCUUCACCCCUUUUUCAGUUCAAAUGUAGCAUUAUUACCACCUGAUCUGAAUGGCAACACUGUAUUGGAGCGAGACGUCAUAGGUAAUAUAGGAUAAUGCCGUUUUGAUUUUCAUGAGUGUUUUGGUUUCUUGACAUUUUGGUUUUGAUCUGUAUAUGAAAACGUGUAAAAAAAAAGUAUCCUAAAUGGACUUUUAGUUUCAGGAGACAGUUUUGAGAUACAGAUUUUAUCAAAUCAGAAUGUCUGCAGAUAUGUGCAGAUAAAAACUGUAUAAAUAAUAAUGAUAAAAAAAAAAUUAAGUUCUUACAGUUUGGUUUUAAUACGAUCACACAAAAGUGAAGACUUUACUGCACCUUUUUUAGAAGCUUUAACCUGCUGUUCCUAUACGGGGAUUUAAUUAUGCUGAAAGACGCUGAAUAGGAAAUGAGGCCACAUCUUAUCCCAUUUCUCAGCUAAAGAUUAGGAACUUCUAGCGUAAUCAGGAAUGGGGAAAGAAACAAUAGUGGCUUGAUGUAUUUUAUACUUUCCUGCUAACAAAAGAUCACUGGAAAGAUGAAAUUGGUUCAUAUAUAUAUUUUCUACAGGGCACAUUUUAAUGUGAAGUUUUCUAAAGCAUGCAUAAGUUCUUGUAGGUCCUCGCUGUGAACAGCUGACAUGUUACUCGAGAUGCAAUUUAAAUCAUGCAUCAGAGGUUUGACACGGCAAGGAAAUGAGCUCCAGAUGUUUAUGGGUAGUUUCAGAGAGGAGGUGCGAGGAAGAUGUUUAAUUAAUAUUGAUUAUGUGAUGUGUGUCUCGGGUGUUUCCGGCCACAUCCUCUGACUGGUCGCUGGAGGUGAUGUCCCAGGGGAUCAAGUUUAGAAAUAUUUCUUUAAAAAAAAUCCUAAGAAUUUAAAGGGCAUGUAUCCUAAAAUUAUUAUUAUUUUUUUUUUCAUUUUCAAUUUUGUUAAGGAUUGUAGCUCACACGAAAUAUAUUAAAUUCAAUGACCAAGAUAUAAAAAAAAAAUCACACAGAACAGUGAGCAUGACUGUCAGUGCUGUGGAUAUUGUUAUUUUGGGUCUAAAUCAUCAGAUUUGCCCUAUAAAAAAAGACUAUUUUGUUUCAUGGCCUUGAGACAAGUUGAAUUCUGUACAGUAGUACUGAUGUUUUUUUUAUUAUUAUUAUUCUUAGUUUCUUUUUUAUGUUCUUAAUCCAAAACCGUGCAAAAUCUCAAUUUCCAAGAUUUUGAUGCCUUUUGUAUCCUUGACCAUAGUUGUGUCCAACAAAGCACCUUGAUCUGCAGCUAUCAAAUAUAGAAAAUAUUAGAAAAAAAAAGCUACCAAUGUUGUCUUUUUUCUGGACUCAUUGUAAUGUAAAUUUGCCUUUAAUUACAAGGCAAAGUACUUCCCUAGAAGCGGAGGCUUUUAGAUGCCGCUGUACCCCCCCCCCCCCCCCCACCCAACAAAAACAAACUAAUCUGUUAGGUCUUCUGUGAGCUACCUGGCACAGUAAGUUAUCCCAACAAAGGUGAUUUUUGUACAAAAAAAGAAAAACAUUCCACAUUGAAAAAAAGAACAGCACAUCACUGAUAUUCAUAGGUUUCCUUUGUGCUUCGCUGUUUCCCAGUUGGACAGUAUUUCUAUCUUUCUUUGAAUGAAUCUUUUAGUAUCCAAAAAAUCUGAGUUGAAUGUUGUUAAUAUGAAUUUUCUUCUAUAUAAAAGUGAUAUAAACAGUAUAUAUUGUUCUCAUAGGAUUCUUCAUCCAGUAUAAUUUGCAGUUGGCUCGUCGUAGCAACCCCCCCCCCUCUUUUUGCUGUACUGUAUCCUCACACAGGGAACUCCACUGCUGUCUGUUACAUAGGAAAUAUUAGCUCUUCAUUUUGUUCCAAUGUACUGAUAAAUAUUUUGUUUUUAAAAAUGGGCUUGAUUACUCCAUUUGUAGAGUUUUUUUUUUUUUUCUUGUGCGUGGAGAGGUGAUUUAUAUUUUCACUAAGUUUAUUUUAAUCCGUUCUGUUUUAAAUGUCCUUAACAAAUGCUGUUUUUUUUGUUGUUGUUUUUUUUUAGGUUAGGAGCGUAGAUGCUUAUCUUCUAAUUACCAAAAACAACCAAACAGACCCAUUUAAUUUGCGUAGCCUUCAUUAAAAUUCACAUGAUGUAUCGGAGUCGCGCAACUGUUUAUAUACCAUAACCUGAAAUGUAAUUGCUAAUUAGUGAGCAACGCUGAAUGCUGUGGACCUACAGCUGAGACUCUGAGGUCGGCCCUUGCACCAAAGUUAAUGCGACGGAUGUGAUUAUGUUUAAUGUGGACGAGAUUCGACUACUAAAACUGCUCCCAGUAAAACAAUCCAGCUCAUAACUUGCUCGGCACUCUUUAUUUUAAGUUCAUAUUCUUUAGCCAAAUCAGUCCAGUGCUUCUUUGUGGGGAACGAUAUGUUGAUUAUUAUUAUUUUCUUCUCAGUGUGUGCAGUUCAUUUUGAAAAUGUGUUGUUUCAUUGUAACUGUGUGGCACAAAAAUAAAAGGUCACAAUCACA